AUGAAGUUGAUGCGUAUGCCGCGGAAGGGGGGAGUGCAUUGGGAAAUUGGCUAUAGUGAGCAGAUCCUUGACGUGCGCGCUUUUCGUGUCAAAAAUCUGUUGGGCCUAAUUCCUCAGGGUGACUGGCCAUCAAACGAGAGAGCCACGGGAAAAGGCCCCACUGGGCAGAAAAAGGACCUUGACAGUGACUCCGAGUCUGAUGAACGAAAUGCGCCACGUGGUGGAUUGGACUCAGAAACUGCCGAGGCGCUUGAAAAAUUUGAUUUUCUUCAUGAGCAAUCCACAGGUGCUGGCGCAGGACGUGAUGAAUGGGCUGCCACAGAUCAAGGUGUCAUUGAUCGCCUGAAGGAGAAAUAUAAGAGUGAGAAACGUACUAAAAGAAGCUCGGGAAGUAUGGAUGAUGCCGAUGAAAAAAGGCUUAACUUGAACGACACCGUAAUAUCUGUUGGAGGCGGAAAUACUGGUAAUCCUGCGGCAGGGGUGAGAGGCAGACGAGGAGAGUUUAUGGAUAUUAACGAUGCACUUGGCUUGCCUCCUGAUGAGAAUAUUGACAUUAAGGACGAUUUUAUCAUUGAGGAUGACGAAGAGUCUCUGAGAGCUGCAAAAUGGAAUGUGAAAAUGACACUGCGUUCUCAUCUUGACGCUAUUCGUGCAAUGCAGUUCCAUCCAGUCGAACCUGUAUUGAUCACAGCUGGAGAGGAUGGUACGGCAAAGCUGUGGAAUCUUGACGGAGCCAAGGAGAAAUCAGGAAGCACUUCUGAAAUCGAGCCUGUUUACACGUUCCGAGGGCACCUAGGCCCCGUUCUGUGCAUGGACCUUUCACCAACGGGCGAUCAUUUAUUCACAGGAGGCAAAGAUGGAGUAAUUUGUUGCUGGAAUGUGCCCAGCACUACUGGAGAUCCAUAUGAAGCAUAUGAUCCCAAAGUCCUGAGCGAGCGCUUGCGUGGACACAGAGAUGCAAUUUGGUCAAUCGCCUAUCACUCUUCGGAUAAUCGUCUCGUUUCCGCUUCUUCCGAUGGUACAGUGAGGCUCUGGGAACCAGGAAACUUUGGUGAACCGCUUUUACGGUCACUGGAUGCUCCUUCAGCUGGACUCAUACCUACUUCGGUUGACUUUGUCUCCACUGAACCAAGCCAGCUCCUUACCGCUUACACAUCAUCGACUGCAACUAUUACCGAUAUCGAAACGGGUGCCACCAUCCUUUCAUUUGAUUUCGGCGAAGAUGUAUCCCCUGGAAGUUGCAUAACUCGAAUUCUUUCCCACCCAACAAUGCCUCUGACAAUCACAGCCGGUGAUGAUCGCAAGAUUCGCUACUUUGAUAACCACACAGGCAAGUUGACACAUAGUGCGGUUGCUCAUGUCGAAGGAAUUUCCUCCCUUGCUAUUGAUCCUAAUGGACUCUAUUUGUUAUCUGGAAGUCACGAUGGCAGCCUCCGGAUGUGGAACAUGGAGAAGCGCGUGUGCUUGCAGGAAAUAUCCGCUCAUCGCAAGAAGUACGAUGCUUCUGUGACUUGCGUGGCAUUCCAUCCUUCGCGACCGCUAAUUGGCUCAGCUGGAGCCGAUUCAUUGGCAAAAGUGUAUUGUCCAGCUUCUUCUUAA